AUGUUUCAACAGCAAUUUUGCAGUACACCAUCAAGUGAGUUUAUUGACGCGAAGAUGAAUACAAAUGGAUUGUUUGAAUUUAAUCAGCUACAACCGCUGGAAAUUGCUCCCUCCAUCUGGUUAGGACCCUUUAAUGUACUCGACGAUUAUGAAUUUAUGUCAAGUAAGAAUAUUAAAAUUAUUAUUAACUGUUCACCGACAUAUUCCUUUUUGAAUCAUCUAGAAAAUUCCGGGGUUGCAAUAUCUUCAGAUGUGAUUAUAUUGAGCUUAGAUUUGAGUUUUUCUACAGAUAAGUUCUCACCCGAUGAACAGUAUUUAUUGAAUAAUUUCAUCUUUAAAUUUAAUCGAAUUUUGCAAAAUUUCAUGAGCCACUUUUAUAAGUCGAAUCCAAACUCGUCUAAUUUGAUACAUGAAGUUCCAAGUGACAAAGAAUUCGCAAUUAACUCGCCCAUAUUGAGCGGCAGUUUGAAGCAGCACUUAUUCAAUAUUAACCGCUUGAUCAAAUUAUUGAAAACUAUGAAUCAAUCUAUUGAGGUUUUAAUAGUGUCUGCCGAUGGUAAUGAUCAGUUGUCUUCUGCUCUAGCAAUGUCUUACUUAAUGGAUAGUUACAAUUAUAACUUGAUUGCUAGCUACAACUCCUUGAAGUCGAAGCGCCCCACUAUCAAAGAAAUGAAUAGCAAUUACUAUGACGACCUUUUAGUAAUUGAGAGCUUGAAGAAAUUUUACCAGGAAAAUUUGAUAUUAAAGCAGAAGAACCCCGGAAUACUCAUGAGUAAUUGUAAAUUAAAAAGAAGAAAUGCAGAGGAAGAAGAUAUGGCAAACAGGUUUGUCACUUGCGGUGGCUAUAGGAAAAGAAGGUUCAAAUACCCUGGCGGUAUUUAA